AGCAUAAGGGUUACUCAUUCGGAAUUUCAGCUUCUCAAAUUGAUUCAUUCUGCGCUGCAUUUGGCUUAUUAUGCGUUGUAUUUGGUGGCGAGUAUGACCUAGAGGAACAUUUUGUUGUUUUGAAUCCAUCCACUAUGGAGUUUAAGAAAAUACAUGUUCCACGAAAACUAAGUGAGAGCCGCGCAACUGUAAGAAGUUUGUUUUGGUUCGGUUAUGAUUGCAAGAUUGAUGCUUACAAGCUGGUUAGAGUUGAGUGAUUUGAGGAAUUUGGCAUACCGCGUAGGAAGGAGAGUUUUGAGGUUGAGGUUUAUACAUUUGGAACGGGUUCGUGGAGAAGGAUUGAAAAUGUACCUUACAAAUUUGAGAAACGUCAACCUGGGGUGCUUGUUAACGGUGCACUUCAUAGGUUUGUUGUUUCAUGUGUGAAACAAGUGCAAGUUCUAGUUUCUUUUGAUAUUGCGAAUGAAAGGUUGUGGAGGUACCUUUGCCUAAAGAGCGUUUGACAUACCCAGAAGAACCUUUGGAAGAUGCCAAAUACGAAAAAAAAGUGGGGGAGUUGGGAGGGCGCCUUUGUCUGCUUUUUCAUGUUUUUGGUGUUUGGGUUGAUGUCUGGGUAAUGCAAGAGUAUGGAGUGAGGGAAUCAUGGAAUAAAAGCUUCACGAUUACUGAAGAGACUAUCACCAAAUCAUUCUAUUUGAGGCUCAAAUGGAGUUUUGAGAACAAUAUGAUUUUAUUGCAGGGCGAUGACAAGUUAAUAUUAUAUGACCCAAAGAGCGAAGGAUAUUGGAAACUUGCGGUUUGUGAAACUAAUUCGGAUGCAGUUAACUAUGUGACCAGCCUUGUUUCACUUAACUCUGGUACAUAUUUAAACCAAAUGGGGAAUAAUAAGAACAGUGAGGACAUCAAGAAAGCUGGAAGAGAUUACUGUUGGGUGAUCCGGUUUUAAAGGUGGAGGUAUUGUGAAUGUCAGCACUGGACCACGUAUAUCCCAGGUCUUGUGCGCUUUCUGGAUUUUAGUCUUUUCCCAUCCUUAUCAUUUUGGACGACAUAGGUUUCCGAGGAAAGGUGUCUUAAAUAUUGACAUCUACUACUGAACCAUGUAGCUCUCGAAAGCACUGCUGAAUUUUGUUGAUAGGUAAAACCUUAGUAUUGUGUGCAGCCUUUCGUUAUUUACUAGAGUUAUGGUGAAAACAGUUCUUUUUUGAACUAAACAGUCUUAUUUUCUUUCUAAAAACUGGAAUGCAAAGUUUUCUUCAAUCAGGCAUUCUUAGCCA